CGAGGCUUCCCCUUGUUCCUCGAGAGCCCGCGGUGCUCAGCGGGAGGGAUACCCCGCUGUGCAGCGGGAAGACCGAGCCGCCGCUGCCGAGGGGGAGCUGCCAUGUUGGGGGAAUGCCUAAAUCAAAGGAACUUGUAUCUUCAAGCUCAUCUGCCAGUGAUUCAGAUAGUGAAGUUGACAAAAAGGCAAAGCGGAAAAAGCAAGUAACUCCAGAAAAACCUGUCAAGAAACAAAAGACUGGUGAAAGUUCAAAAGGUGCAGCUUCUUCUAAGCAAAGCAGUAACAGAGAUGAGAAUAUGUUUCAGAUUGGCAAAAUGAGGUAUGUCAGUGUUCGGGACUUUAAAGGGAAAGUCUUAAUUGAUAUUAGAGAAUAUUGGAUGGAUCAAGAAGGUGAAAUGAAGCCUGGCAGAAAAGGUAUUUCUUUAAAUCCAGAACAGUGGAACCAGCUGAAGGAACAGAUUUCUGAUAUUGAUGAUGCAGUAAGAAAACUCUAAAGGCAGAGCCAUACAAAAACUUUUAUCAUUUAGUUGUAUUAAGCAGUCUUUUUACAUUGGCUUUAGUUUUCUAAAAUAUUGUUUUCCAAGCUAUUGUAUAUUUGGAUUGCAAAACAAUUUGUAAGAUGAAUACUUUUUUUAUGUGCAUUAAAAGUGUAUUCUGAGUGAGGCUAUUUGUGUAUACUUUACUAAAAGGAAUUGUGUUGCUUUCACCCCAUGGUGUUAAAUAAACAAAUCAAGUAAUAUGUAAAGCAUACUUGUUUAUGGCCUUUUGAUUGAAGGUGUUUGCUGAUAAGGCCACCUAAUAGCUUUAGUCAUUGUUUUAAUUUCAGUUUAGUUUACAGUUAAUAUGAAUUUAUUUUCUGAGGGGAUUUCUUAAAAUGUCUCAGUUGCAUUUUUUCUUUUAUUCCAUUUUCUUUGGUAUUGCCCUGAAGCUUUCUGCUUUAAGACUUGAUACAAACAGUGAAUACUUGGAAAAACAGAUUUUUGUAGAUAAUUUUCAAUACUGUAUUUGCUAAUUUACCCUUUUAUUCAGAUGUAAACAGUCUUUAAUAUAUAGCUUUUUCUGCAUUACUUGCAUGAAGGAUUAUGCUAAACAAUAACACUUGAACACAAAA